UGAAUCGUGCACAUUUAACGCUCGCGUAAAAAAUGACGCCGAAAUCUUGACACACGUGCGUGGCCUGUUGCUGUACUACAGAUCUGAAAUAGACCUCGAUCUUUCGAAAAUCAUUAUGCCUACGAUCAGCAAGUGUGACACGAGGCAACAGAACUUUCUCAAUAGAAUUAAAUGGUCGAUGCUUUUCCCGCCAGAUUCCGCCAAAUAUACCGCUUGGAAUAACAUUAGCCAUUCAGUUUUAGAGACUCGAUUCCAUGGGUUGUAAAUCGUGUUGACUGAUCCAGAAGUAUUUGUUGUACUGCUAGGAUGGAUUUUGUAAAAUCUUUGACCGUUCGCGAAAGAACAUCGAAUUUAAACUUGGACUAUGACGUUAGUUUAUUACGAUUGAAGUGCUUGCCGAAAAAUCUCUUUCAUUGGGCAUCUCCAAACUUGACCACACCAGAUCCUGUAGAUAAUCCUCCAGUUUUUGCUGGAAAAUUUUGUAAUGCACCUGGUUCCAAAAAUCUUUUGGCCAUUGCCAAUGAAGAUGGUAAAAUUCUUUUGCAAGACAUAUCACAUAGAUGCAGUGAUGAUACACAAGAACUUCCUGAAGGCAUACAGGCUCACAACAAUGCUAUAUUUGAUAUAGCAUGGAUGCCCAAGGAAACAAAAUUGGUGUCUGUAUCAGGAGAAAGAAAUGCUGCGCUUUGGCAAGUUAAGGAUGGAGAAUUAACAAAACUGUCAAGCUUUGUUGGGCAUACACAUUCUAUUAAAAGUGUAUCAUUUAGACCUGAAGACAAAGCUGUUUUUGCUACUGGAAGUAGAGAUGGUUCAAUUAAAAUUUGGGAUACUAGAGCUAAUUACUCUAGUGCAUCCAAGGCUGAUGAUACAAUUAGUAAUGCACAUGUAUCAAAAAUGUAUAGAGCGAGUAGAAAAACAAAUAUAAAAAAUGUUGGUCUCAGUGUUACUACUCUUCAAUUUCAAGAUGAUUUUAAUCUAAUUUCUGGUUCUGAUGGAGAUGGUGAAUUGAAAGUUUGGGAUCUAAGAAAAAUUUACUCAACUCACAAAAAAUUCCCAGUUGCUAAACAUGUAUUGUUAUAUGGAGGAAAAAGUCAUACAUACUGUGGAUUCACAUCUGUACUUGUUGAUCCUUAUGGUCUGAACUUGUAUGCUAGCUGCGUAGACAACGUUAUAUAUUCGUAUAAUUUGACUUCCUAUAAUCCAAACCCAGUUGCAAGAUAUUAUGGGCAUGGAAAAACCAAUACUCCUUUAAGUUUCUUUGUAAAAGCUUGUUUGAGUCCAGAUGGAAAGUAUUUAAUAACCGGUUCAAAUGAUAAGGCAGCUUAUAUAUGGGCUACAAAAAAACCAGGAUAUCCUAUUAUCGAACUUACUGGUCACAGAGAAGAAGUAACUUGUGUGGCAUGGUGUGACGAUGUUAUUCCUAAACUUGUAACUUUUUCUGAUGACUGUUACCAUCGAUUAUGGGAAGUAGAACCUGAUCAAGAUUUCGUGGAUGAUAACCAAAUUGUAGGAAUGUCUGUGAGAUAUCAACCUAAAACAUCUAAUUCACCGAGAAAAUGUUCUGAACACGCAGACUUAGAAGCACAAGAUACAAUGCUUGGACAGACAAGUGAAGAAAUAAGUGAGAACCAUCAUAAAGAAACUCAUGAUGAAAGAUCAUUACUUGUCGAUGAAUCAUUAAUCAAUAACACAGUACCUGGAAGUAAAGAAUUACGUGCCAUUCCAUGUCCAUCAACUCCUAAAAAUACAAGUCUUCAGAAAUAUAUUAUACCUGGAACUAGUAACGUACCUUCAUCAAGUUCUUGCUCGAGUAGAGAACCCUUUUCUCCUACAGUAGGUUUGCCUAAUUUUGUAAUUGAUGGAAUAGCACCUCAUCUUCAUGUUUCACCUCAAAAAUCGAAGGAAAAUUCAAAUUGGCUUGCACAACUUACACAAGCCAAACAAAAACGUAAAAUUGUAGAUACAAGUGAAGACGAAUGUAGUAGUCCUAAAAAUACUAAAAAAACACCGAAGUCAGUGAAAAGAAAGAAAUUUGCAACUGUCAACACACCGAAACUCGACCGGAAACUUUUAGAUUUUUGUGAAAGUGCUAAGGACUCAAAUCAUCAAAAAUCUUCAUCAAGAUAAAUAUUUCUAGAAGAAAUUGAAGUUUGAAAUGAAAUUUUUUAGAAUUAUGGAAUCAAUAUUCUAUUGAAAUUUUGGAGUUUAGAAUAGUGUUAUUUGGGUACUUAUCUUAUUUAAUGGUUCAUAUUCUUAUUUGUUAUCUUCGAAAUAUUUACUGAUGUUAACUUGUUAGAUUUAGAGGAGUAAAAUUUAACAAGUCACACCUAGAACUGAAAGAUAAAUAUAAAUUUUAAAGUUUCACAGAGAGGACCAGAAAAAGGAUGAAGAAAAAAGUGAAGAUGAAAAUGAAAACAUACAUCAAGGCGGCGAUUGAAAUCUCAAUAAUGUACAAAAGACAAACUCGAAAUACUCCGAACAAAUGAAUUUUUUUUCGUGUUAACUCAUUCGAAUAUUUAGGCCUGUGGUCUAAACGAAAUUUUUAAUUUCUACUAGAGAUUCUCGAAAUUUCAGGUAUGCACUCAAGCUACCAAAAAAGCUUAAGAGUAUUGAAGCUUAGUUUUUGAUGUGUUAAAAACGUUAAUGGUUGCGUAAAUAUCAUAGAACUGUAUAGAACGAUUGAGAAAGACUUUUAUGUAAAAUCGAAUACUCUAUAUUUUAUACACAAUUUUUACUAUAAUAUGAAUGUAAAUAGAAAUCGAAUCGAACAAAAUGUAAGCUUUAAUAGUUAUGCUCUGAACAAG